CAAAAUCUGAAAAGAGAUAUAUGAUAUAUCUAUAUAUGGUUGAGAUGGCUUAUAUGGAAGAAGGAGACCUGGAAGCAAUAGUCAAAGGCUAUUCUUGCUCUGGUGACGCGUUUUCCGGCGAAAGCUCCGGCGGAUUUUCACCUUCGUUUUGUCUUCCAGAUGAUACGGCUAAUUGUUUAUACGAACAUGAAAUGGACACAACUGGUUUAGACGAACUCGGUGAACUCUACAAGCCUUUUUACCCUUGCUGCACACAAAACCUCACGAACUCCGUCUCUGUUCCCAAAGAUGAUAAGAAACAACUAACACAUGGUUGUCUUCUAGCUAACGGAUCAAGAGCUGACCACAUCCGAAUCCCUGAAUCAAAAGCGAAGAGCAAGAAGAACCAGCAGAAGAGAGUUGUUGAGCUAGUGAAGGAAGAUAAUCUGUUGUCGCAGUCGGACGCAUGGGCAUGGCGUAAAUACGGACAGAAACCCAUCAAAGGAUCUCCAUACCCAAGGAGUUAUUACAGGUGCAGCAGCUCAAAGGGGUGUUUAGCAAGAAAACAAGUCGAAAGAAAUCCUCAGAACCCGGAAAAGUUCACCAUAACGUAUACGAAUGAGCACGAUCACGAGAUACCAACCCGAAGAAACUCAUUAGCCGGUACAACCCGAGCCAAAUCUUCCAAACCUAAACCGUCCAUAACCAAAAAAUCAGAAAAACAAGUGGUUUCUUCUCCCACAAGUAACCCCGUGAUCACAUCAGGUGAUGAAUCGUCUGUUGUGGUUCAAGUCAUGGAGGUUCCAGAAAUGAGUACAUACCAAACAACCGGAGAAAUCGUGGGCACGGGUAACAAUUUACCAACGGAUUUGUCGAGUGAUUUCGAUGAAAUAUUGAAUAGCCAAGAGUUCAUCAAUGGGUACUUAUGGAAUUACUAG